CCAGCAUCAGUCAUCUCUCUGAGUUUAUCCCAAAAACAACCAACCAACCAACCAAACCUAAUUCAAGAUGUUCAAAUUUGUUGCUGUCAUCGCUCUCCUGGUCGCCACCGCCAGUGCUGGUCUCAUCGAGACUCACCAUGUGGUGCACGAGCCCGUUCUGGCCAAGGUUGGAUCGGUGGUGCACUCUGCUCCCUCGGCGGUUUCCCACCAGAGCAUCACCCAGGUGCACAGCAAGGCGGUGGUGCAGCCAGUGGUUGCUCCCAUCGUGAAGACCACCACCUACUCCCAUCCCGCCGUUGCCGUCCACGCUGCUCCAGUGGUUCACUCCGUGCCCGUUGUCCACGCCGCUCCAGUCGUCCACUCUGUGCCUCUGGUCCACUCAGCUCCCCUCGUCAAGUCGGUGGUGCACUCCGCUCCCCUGGCCUACACCCUGCACCACUAAGGACGCAAAUGUGAUACAGUAUUUACGAUUUUUUGUUUCAAUAAAUGUUUUUCGUUUUGUCAUAACAAGUU